CACUUGUCUUCUGAAGCUGAUGCGCGCCGCUCUCUCAAACUCGUCCCUAAGUAGUCAUUGAUCGGUGUCCAAAUCCGAAACGGCCGUGAUCAUGGCUGAUUCUGAGGAUGUCAACAACUCCCACGGAAAUAACAAGUUUCCGUUCCAGAGAUACCGUGUGAAAUUCAGAAGACACAAAUUGCGUAGGUUGCGGGAUAAGGUAAAGGCUGAGCCUUCAUGCGAGGAUCAAACCAUGCAAGAUAUUAAAGAAAGUUUAGCUCUCGAGGUUGCCAAGGAGGAAGCCUCGAAAGAUGAUCAUGAUACCGCAUUCAUGGAUGUUAUCAUGGGAGGCAAGACCUCUGUACUUGAAGGAGGAGAAGACACAGAACAAGCAAACGUUGGAGGCAACGGCUCAGGCAUGUGCACGGUUCCAACAUCAGAAAUGGAGUGGUUGAAAAAGUGUGAUGGCAACAACACUAAAGGACAGUCGUACCCGUAGUUUGAGCUCUUAGUUUGAGAUCUCGUGUCACUCCCCUUCUCGAAUAGGAUUCCUAAUUCUUGUUUUUUCAGAAAAAUUAAUAAAUUCCGAAUUUUUAUAAAA